AUGCACAUAUUCACGGCUGAACUGAAUCUGGUCAAGACAGAAGUGCAAGCAGUGGCUGCUAGAGUACAAGCCACUGAGGAAGACGUGCAGGACCUCAAUCAAGGGAUGACUACCCUGAAUUACUCUGUCCAGCAACUCGGAGCACUGCAUGCCUCAUUAUCCACAAGAGUGGAUCAGCUGGACGACAGAGGAAGGCAACGCAACAUCAAAAUCAGAGGGAUAGCAGAUUCGCUCACACCGGACGAAAUUCCCCACUUCAUACGGCGUUUAGCCGUAACCAUUCUGGACCUAUUGGCUCUCUCCUUGUGA